UAUGCUUCAGCCUAUGCAAAUGUUGUCGCCAGCACAGGAGCUGCCGAACCUUAUCCUCGAGCGUAUCAUCGAGCAUGCGAUGCUGAUUUCGAAUGGCGUGCAUAGCCAGUAUAUGGCGAAAUCGAUCAUAUCCGUAUGUCGGUGGUGGAGGAUGGCAGCGUUCUGUGUGCUGCACAGAAGGGUAUCUUGGUGCAACCUCAAACAAAAGCAGCCUAGACGGUGCCCCGUUUGCUCCGCUGAAAGACCCAGCCUUCUUCACUACGCGCUGCGGAACGGCAACGGCGACAAAAUCAAGAAAGUAACCAUGCACUGGUACAGCGAGGACCUGCUGAGUGGCGAUGCGCUGAAGGUGCUGCAGACAGAGCCGUACAGCAAUCUCGUCAUCCCCAGUGUGGUUGAAAUCGAGCUCAGAAUUUCUUAUACGCGAACCCUGCCGUCGUCGCUCAGGAAGCAGCUGCACACCAGUGCAAGCGGGUUCGGCAACGAGAUCCACCGCAUAUUCCCCAAUGCAACUGGGUUUACCCUUGGAAAUAUCCAUAUCAUGAGCAAGCAUGGGACAUCGACUUUCAUGAAGACGCUGUUCACUAGUCUUGCUGCAGGCAUGGUCGAUGUGCUGAACAACUCGGAGUACAACGGCAUCGGGUUCUCACUCCCACUAGACCACUGCCCGUUGCGCAAGCUGGUCUUGGGCAAUAUGACCAUCAAGUCGUCCACCAUCCAAGUGGUCAGACGCAGUGCUGAGACCCUGGAGGAGCUGGUCACUGAGUGCACGCAGCCCGAAGCCUGCAUGAUGCUGGUGCAGGACGAUGCGGGCCAGCCCAUCGCCUACCCGCGACUGACCUACCUCAAGAUUAAAUCAGAAUUCGGUGUGCGCAUCCAGGCCAACGACACUAGGGGUGCGCCAGACGGCUCGCCGUUCCCAGCGCUAAGGACCCUUGUUUGCAGCAAGGCGUACCCGUUCCGCAACGAUGUCAUGUUCCGUGGCAAUGAGGGGACGCUUGAGGUGCUGAAGAUUGCGAUGGAUGUCACUGCACUGGUUGUCCUUGCUCGCAGUGGUGUCCUGGAUGGCCGCAACCGUCUGGCGCUGAAGCAUGUGUGGGUGUACCGUUGCAUGUAUCUGACGUACCCCAAUGAUGAGGAAAUGGAGGACGCAAGGGCCCGCCUGUCACAGUCUGCAGUUGUUGCUAUUGUUUGACAGUCUAGGUGCUCAUCCACUUUAAUACAUUCAGCUUGGCAGGCUAUGUCCUGAG